UCUCAGGCGCCUCUCGGUGUGUCGAGCAGGGGGCAGUGGGAGCGCUCCUCUCUCUCUCUCUCUCUCUCUCUCUCUCUCUCUCUCUCUCUUUCUCUCUCUGUUUAUGAGUGUGAGAAAACCCAGGAAUUUACUCCGCACGAGCCCUGCCCGUGUUUUCCCACUCUUUCCUCUGUUUGCUGUGGAGUCUGGGGAUAAAGCGCGAGUUUAAGGCGGUUUGAGCAGCAGACUACCUGACCUGCAGGAGGAUGAGGAUGCGGCUUCUUGUGCAGAGGGCUAGAGAUUCACUCUGAAGGUACAGGAUGCAAAGAUGGCACAGAUGCUUGCACCACCAGGACCAGAUAGCUUCUUUCCAUUUACCCGUGAGUCGCUCCAGGCCAUUGAGGAGCGUAUCGCAAAGGAGAAUGACAAGAAAAACAAAAAUGAUGAGGAGAAAAAUACAGAUGAAGAGUCUACCCGAAAACCACAAAGAGACUUGGAAGCAGGAAAGAAACUUCCACUCAUUUAUGGGGACAUUCCCCAAGGAUUGGUGUCCACACCACUGGAGGAUAUGGACCCAUUUUAUUGCAAUCAGAAAACCUUUAUAGUAUUGAACAGAGGGAAGACAAUCUUCAGAUUCAACGCCACUCCUGCCUUAUUUAUCUUAAGCUCCUUCAACCCGCUGAGAAGAAUUUCAAUAAAAAUUUUGGUACAUUCAUGGUUCAACAUGGUGAUAAUGUUCACUAUUCUUACUAACUGUGCAUUUAUGACCAUGAGUGAAUCCCCAGGCUGGGCCAAGAUUGCAGAGUACACAUUUACGGGGAUCUACACAUUAGAAUCCGUAAUAAAAAUCCUAGCCAGGGGCUUCUGCAUAGGAAAAUUCACCUUCCUUAGAGACCCAUGGAACUGGCUGGACUUCAGUGUUAUCGUUUUGGCAUAUGUGACAGAGUUUGUGAAAAUGGGCAAUGUUUCUGCCUUGAGGACCUUCCGGGUUCUUAGAGCCCUGAAAACUAUAUCAGUCAUUCCAGGCUUGAAGACCAUCGUAGGAGCACUGAUACAGUCCGUAAAGAAGCUUUCAGACGUGAUGAUUCUUACUGUCUUCUGUCUCAGUGUGUUUGCCCUGAUUGGUUUGCAGCUCUUCAUGGGGCACCUGAAGUAUAAAUGUAUACAGCUACCGGCCAAUCACACUGAUUUGGGUAAUGGAAGCAUAUCUUACAAUGGAACGGCAGUUCCCGAAGACUGGCUUAAAAACUACACCAGUGAUCCAUCUCUAUAUUAUAACCUAUCUGGCAAAAAAGACCCCCUCAUUUGUGGCUUGGUAAGAGAUGCAGGGAAGUGCCCAAAUGGCUACUUUUGUUCUAAAGCCAGCAGAAAUCCAAACUAUGGCUAUACCAGCUUUGAUAGUUUUGGAUGGGCCUUCCUCUCUCUCUUCAGAUUAAUGACUCAAGAUUGCUGGGAGAAUCUCUACCAACAGACUCUUCGUGCAGCAGGGAAGACCUACAUGAUCUUCUUUGUGUUGGUCAUCUUCCUGGGCUCCUUCUACCUUGUGAAUCUGAUCCUGGCCGUUGUGGCCAUGGCCUAUGAUGAACAAAACCAAGCUAAUUUAGCGGAGGCUCAGCAGAAAGAAGAAGAGUUCCAGGCUAUGUUGGAGCAGCUUAAGAAGCAACAAGCAGAUGCCCAGGCUGCAGCUGCAGUAUUCGAAAGUGGAGAUUUUAGUGGAGAAAUGACAGACACUUCCUCUGAAACUUCUAAACUCAGUUCCAAAAGUGCCAAAGAACGCCGCAACCAGAAAAAGAAGAAGAAGCAGAGAGAGGAGGCAAGAGAAGAUGAGAAAGCUGAUAGUGAGAAGACCCACAAUUCUGUGUCAGAGGGCAGCAUAAGAAGGCCCAGUUUCAGGUUUUCGCCAGACCUGAACCGACUGCCGUAUGACAGGACGUACACAUCUCCUCGUCAGUCUGUCCUGAGCACCCAGGGUUCAGUCUUCACCCCCCGUCGGAACAGCAAAGCUAGCAUCUUUAGCUUUCGUGGACGCCUGGGAUCUGAAAACGACUAUGCCGAUGAUGAGCACAGUGCGUUUGAUGACACGGGCAGCCGGAGAGACUCUCUGUUCCUGUCACAUCGAUCAGAGCGACUUUACAGUUGCUUCAGUAAAGGCAGCCUAAGCCCACGCAUUAUCCUGCCCUCCAACGGCAAAGUGCUCUGCUCCGUGGACAGCAAUGGUGUGGUAACACUUGUGUCUGGACGCUCGCUGCCAAGCACACCCGUUGGACUGCGGCUGCCCGAGGUGACCAUAGAUAAAGCCACUACAGAUGAAAAUGAUGACACAGAACAAGAGUACAGCAUGAGAUAUGACUCCCACCAGCCCUCACCAGGGUACCUAGGUGAACAGACAGCCAGACAGAGAGCUCUCAGUGUAGCCAGUAUUAUCACCAACACUAUGGAAGAGCUGGAAGAGUCUAGGCAGAAGUGCCAUCCAUGUUGGUAUAGGUUUGCCCACACUUUCCUCAUCUGGGAGUGCUGUCCCACAUGGAUGAAAAUAAAGAAAGCGGUUCACAUGGUUGUGAUGGACCCGUUUGUGGAUCUGUCCAUUACCAUUUGCAUUGUGAUGAAUACUAUAUUCAUGGCCAUGGAGCAUCAUCCCAUGGAUAAAGAUUUCAGUUCAGUGCUCUCAAUGGGAAACUAUGUUUUCACAGGCAUCUUCACUGCUGAGAUGGUCUUCAAGAUCAUAGCUUUGGACCCUUAUUAUUACUUCCAAGAGGGCUGGAACAUAUUUGAUAGUGUCAUUGUCAGUCUGAGUCUCAUGGAGCUUGGGUUGGCCAACAUAUCUGGAAUGUCUGUUCUUCGGUCUUUCCGGCUGCUGAGGGUUUUUAAGCUGGCCAAGUCAUGGCCUACUCUCAACAUGCUGAUAAAGAUCAUUGGAAAUUCAAUGGGUGCCCUCAGCAAUCUAACACUGGUCUUGGCAAUCAUCAUCUUCAUCUUUGCUGUCGUGGGCAUGCAGUUGUUUGGGAAGAGUUACAAAACCUCUCUGACAAAGAUCGCACCAGAUGGCUUUCUCCGCUGGCACAUGAUGGAUUUCCUCCACUCGUUUCUGAUUGUGUUCCGUGUGCUCUGUGGGGAGUGGAUUGAGACCAUGUGGGACUGCAUGGAGGUUCACGGACAACCCUUGUGCCUAAUUGUCUUUCUCAUGGUCAUGGUGAUCGGAAAUCUUGUGGUUCUGAACCUGUUCUUGGCCUUGCUGCUGAGCUCCUUUAGUGCAGAUAAUCUGGCUGCAACUGAGGAUGACAAUGAAAUGAACAACCUGCAGAUUGCACUGGGUCGAAUCCACAGAGGUGUCGCUUUUGUUAAGGCCAGUCUGCGGCGCUUCUUUCAGACUGUCUGCCUCAGAGUGAGAAGAAAGAAAUCAUCAGAGCAGAACGGACUGAAAAACAGCAAGAAGCUUCCUGAUAUCUCCAACCAUACCACUGUAGAGUUGAUCAAAGACCCAGGGUCUAUGAAAGACUUAGCUGGAGCAGACAGUGACAAUGAAAAUUUCAUCAUCAACUCCAGUGUGACCGUCACUGUGCCUAUAGCCACGGCAGACUCUGACGCAGAGUGCCAGAACAUGGAGGAUUAUAGCAGUUACUCUUCUGACAUGGAAGAAGAUAAAGAGAAGCUAUCGGAGGUGAUGAGCUCGUCUGAGGGCAGUACAGUGGAAAUCAGGAAGGAUGGAGCGGAUUCACUGGAGUUUGAGCUGGAGGAGUCCAUGGAUCCAGAGCCAUGUUUUACCGAUGGUUGUGUACGCAGGUGUAGGUGUUGCCAGGUGAACAUGGAGAAGGAGAGGUGGAGGACUUGGUGGACAGUCAGACGCACUUGUUUCAGGAUAGUGGAGCACACCUGGUUUGAAUCCUUCAUCAUCUUUAUGAUCCUGCUGAGCAGUGGAGCACUGGCAUUUGAAGACGUAUACAUUGAAGGGUACAAGACAUUAAAGAUGAUUUUGGAAUAUGCAGAUAAAGUGUUCACCUAUGUCUUCAUGUUGGAGAUGCUUUUGAAAUGGCUGGCAUAUGGAUUUGCUAAAUACUUCACCAAUGCCUGGUGCUGGUUGGACUUCCUUAUUGUUGAUGUCUCUCUGAUCAGCCUGGUGGCCAACGCCCUUGAUUACUCGGAGCUCGGUGCCAUCAAAUCUCUUCGUACACUUCGGGCCCUGAGACCACUCCGAGCACUCUCGCGCUUCGAGGGAAUGAGGGUGGUUGUCAAUGCUCUUCUUGGUGCCAUUCCCUCCAUCAUGAAUGUGCUGCUGGUCUGUCUCAUCUUCUGGCUCAUCUUCAGCAUCAUGGGUGUCAAUCUGUUUGCUGGGAAGUUCUAUGAGUGUGUGAACAUAACCACAGGAAUUCGCAUGAAUGAGACUGACGUAGCAAACAAAACUGAAUGUGACAUGCUAGGUGAAGGAAAUGCCCGAUGGAAAAAUUUGAAGAUUAACUUCGACAAUGUUGGAGCAGGAUAUCUGGCUUUGCUACAAGUGGCAACUUUCAAAGGCUGGAUGGACAUUAUGUAUGCAGCUGUAGAUUCACGUAAUUUAAAUGAACAGCCCAAGUUUGAAGUAAAUCUGAUCAUGUACGGCUACUUUGUAGGCUUUAUCAUAUUUGGAUCCUUUUUCACUUUGAACCUCUUCAUUGGUGUCAUUAUUGAUAACUUCAAUCAGCAGAAGAAAAAGUUUGGAGGUCAAGAUAUUUUUAUGACGGAGGAACAGAAAAAAUAUUACAAUGCUAUGAAGAAGCUGGGUUCAAAGAAGCUUCAAAAACCAAUUCCUCGGCCAACAAACAAGGUCCAGGGAUUUAUCUUUGACAUUGUAACAAAUCAAGCCUUUGACAUCUUCAUUAUGAUUCUUAUAUGCCUUAAUAUGGUAACCAUGAUGGUGGAAUCAGAUGACCCAGAUCCUAAAAUGAAAACAGUUCUAAACUGGUUAAAUAUGAUCUUUGUUGCGCUCUUCACAACGGAAUGUGCACUAAAGAUGGUCUCACUUCGACAGUACUUCUUCACCGUUGGCUGGAACAUCUUUGACUUUGUAGUGGUUAUUCUGUCAAUAGUUGCCAUGUGCAUCUCAGACGUCAUCACUUACUUCUUCUCACCAACGUUGUUGCGCGUCGUCAGGCUCGCUCGGAUCGGACGGAUUCUGCGUCUCAUCAAAGGUGCCAAGGGAAUACGCACCCUUCUGUUCGCUUUGAUGAUGUCCCUUCCAGCUCUGUUCAACAUUGGCCUUCUUCUCUUUUUAGUCAUGUUCAUCUAUGCUAUUUUUGGCAUGUCGAACUUUGCCUACGUCAAAAAGGAAGCUGGCAUUGACGACAUGUUUAACUUUGAGACAUUUGGCAACAGCAUGAUCUGUUUGUUUCAGAUCACUACCUCUGCAGGCUGGGAUGGUCUCCUGUCACCAAUCCUCAAUAGAGAUAUACCUGACUGUAACCCUACAAAGGACAAUCCUGGCAGUAAAGUUAAAGGUGACUGCGGAAGCCCAUCUAUUGGCAUCAUUUUCUUUGUGAGCUAUAUCAUAAUAUGCUUCUUGAUUGUGGUAAACAUGUACAUAGCCGUGAUUCUUGAAAACUUCAGUGUGGCCACAGAGGAGAGUGCAGAGCCAUUAAGCGAGGAUGACUUUGAGAUGUUCUAUGAAGUGUGGGAGAAAUUUGACCCUAAAGCUACGCAGUUCAUGGAGUACAACAAAUUAUCUGAUUUUGCUGAUGCUUUGGACCCUCCUCUGCGUAUGCCCAAGCCAAAUAAGAUCCAGCUGAUCGGUAUGGACUUGCCAAUGGUGACAGGGGAACGAAUCCACUGCCUUGACAUUUUGUUUGCGUUUACUAAACGUGUUCUUGGGGAAGGCGGUGAGAUGGACAUCCUUCGUGGGCAGAUGGAGGACCGCUUCAUGGCCUCCAACCCUUCCAAGGUGUCGUAUGAGCCCAUCACCUCUACACUGCGGCGCAAACAUGAGGACAUGUCUGCGCUCGUUAUUCAGAGAGCCUACAGGAAGUAUGUCGGCAAACACAGGAUGAAACCUGCUCCCAGCACACACAAAGAAACUGUGCAAGAGAACGGGAAGGUUUCAGACAAGGACUCUGUGGUGAGAAACAACAUUAACAACCAUUCCACUUUAGAGCCCACAGUUUGCCCACCUUCGUAUAACAGCGUAACACAACUUAGGAAAGACAAAUAUGAAAAAGACAAAAGGGAGAAGGAGGUCAAAGGCAAGGACAACAAGGAACAAAAGAAAUGAGUACAAAAUCGUAAAAAAAAAAAACUGGUGUAAAUGGAAUAAAGGGUUUACAAUUUUCAAAGAAGGACUUUAAAAAUCAUAUGAGUCUGUAUGGUGGGUGUCUAUGCCAAAAGGAUAAAGCUAACCUGAGUUUCUCAUGAGGGUUACUGUCUGAAAUGUAGCAGGGAUAAUGUAGCUAUGUAACAAGGCUGCAAGCUUUUUGUUCCUAAGAGAUGGUCACAGUUUGCCGUGGAUCAUAAGAAGGAACAGUCUUUUACUGAGGGUCUGAUGCUGCAUCUGGUUUGCAUUUUAUUGCCAUAUUAUUGAACAAUGUUUGGCACAGGGCCUGUUAAAUAAAGCUAUGUGGCAAUCGCCCUACACAUUGCAAAGUAUGCAAUACUGUCCUAUUCAUAAAAUUAAUUUCUCAGUCCUAUUCAUUCCUUUUUACUGCAGAGGUAUUUUUUACCUGCCUGUAAACCAGUCAAAAACACCUGCAGCAACAUGUAUACCUAUAUCACAUAAAAAUAUGAAAUUAAUAAUAAAUAAAUCAUAAUUUUCAGCCACUGUCAGAAACAUUGGCAAAACAGAUGAAUGUUUAAAAAAGCCUGCAGAUAUCAUUGACAUAAACUGCAUAAAUAUUGUAAGUUGGUGACUCAAGUUGUUUUUAAUUUUUAGUUUUUAAAUUCUUCACAGAAACUAUAUUAUGAUAAACACACGAUAACUCUGCUCCAGAGACUUAUUUUUUCACAAUUUUUGUAUUGCUUUUUUCCCAAUUGACCUUAUAUGUGCAUAUUAAAGUACGUUAUACUAGGCUGCAUUUCUAGGCUGUAUGUGAGGGUGCUUUUCUUUGUUAACAGUCUUCUAUGACGUGGUGGUGCAGAAACGCAGCCUGUCUUGGUUGCAGCCUAGGCUUCAGAGCUUCCGAUUUUUUUUUUGUUUAAAGCCAUUUCAAACUAGUGAAAAUUUUACUCUAUAUUUCAUAGUAUUCUGUAGUAAUGCACUUUGAAAAUCAGGCUUAAUCUUAAUGGCACUUGUGAUGCUUGUCAAGUAGUCUUUUAAUUAUAUCUGUUAAUCAAGUGUGUUUACACGCAUCAGAACAUGCUCAUGUGACCAAAAACAGAAAAAGGCAACUCCAAAAGGAACAACUAAGCUCCUCCACUUGGAUUUGUAUUUGCUAUGCUGCAGUCCUACAACUGUAAAAGAAGCAGACUUUUGCUGCUUUGCCCAGCUAAUUCAAGAUCUUUUUAUGCCUCUCAGGUAACUUUUAACUAUACUAAAAAGCCAUUUAUAUGUAUGUUGGGCUAUGUCACUGCCUAUAUCCAGUGCAAACAGAGAUACGCUUCCUGAACAAGAAGUCUUACCUCUGCAUUUUUUGACAAUCUAAUCAAAUCUAAUUUAAUCUAUUGCACACAGCAAGGCUGUAAUUAACUGGUUUAUAUGAACAUGUAUAAACCCAUGAGUGCUUAACUGGUUUAUAUGAACGUGUAUAAACCCAUGAGUGCUUUAUCAGGCAAGAGACAGUUAGAGAUCUGUUCAUCUGUUUAUUCAAGUGACCCUGACAAAAAUAGUUCUCUCAAUUCUCUCAGUAAUCAAACAUGCAAAUAUAUAGUGUGGCUAUGCAUUCUGUGGCAUAUUUUUCUAUUAGGUAUGGACUAUGUUUGGUAUGUGUUAUUUGCAAAAUGAAGACUGUAAUCAAAGAAACACAGUACAUUGAAUAUGUUUUGCUUAUGUAAAAGCUGCAGCAGGACGAUGUUGUGGAAAGAAAAAUAAGUUCACUUCAGUUUGUUUAUUUGUAUUUAUGUCUGUAAUGCAUUACUGUAAAAUACUGUAUAAUCACUGUGCUUUUUACAAGUCGACAAUGCAUGUCUGUGUGUGUUUUUUUAAAUGCCUGGUGAUGAGAAAAUACACUGGAGACAUGGCACUUUGUUUAACUGCACUUUUUCAAUGGACAACUUCCACUGUCAGUGAUGAAAAGGAGGAUUUUGUGUUUCCAGGAGACAUAUUUGCAAACUGAGCAUGCUCCACAUGCAUUAUCUUAAAUGUUAUCUAUGACUGAAAUAGAAAAAUGCUCAUGGUUGACUUCUCAUACUGACUCUGCCAGAGAUUUGACAGCUCUUUGUAUUUGUUUACAUUUUAGGAGAUGGUAUCAGGUAUUUUUAAUCAUUAUUUUGCUUUAAUCCAGACUCAAAUUCUUCUUUCAAGACCAUUAUAUACUUUCCACAUAAAGACCUCUAUGAUGCUAAUGUAUGGAAUACUGUUCUAUAAGCAUAUUAUACCUGUACUGAAAACAUUUGCUGUCAGUGAAAAUAUUCUUUUGAUUACAACUCUGCAUGCAAGACAUUGCUAUGAGUCAUUUGAUUGAUGAAGCCAAAAGAAUAAAGAUGCCAUGUAAAAGGUA